GUUACACCUGUUGAAUUCAAGAGACAAAAUGUUCGUCAAGCUGUUCGUGAGCGCCGUGCUGCUGGCUAUCCUAGCCGUACUGCCUGCCUCGGCAUCUCCUGGAUACUUCGGUGGCGGAGGCUUCGGUGGGCGCGGUGGAUAUGGAGGAGGUGGUGGAUACGGUGGUGGUGGAUUCGGUGGUGGUUAUGGUGGUCGCCUGGGUGGAGGUGGUGGAACGCUUGCUAUCGCUUCGGGACUCACUCGAGGAUUCGUAGGAGGACAUGGAUACGGCAAAUAAAAUUUUUUCACGAGCCCGCACCUCUCAACGCUGCCGAAAUGUCUUCUCAUAAUAAAAGGAUGCCAGAAAUUGGUUGAAUUGUGUGAUGAAAAUGAAGGAUGUCAUGGAUGAAAAUUUGAGAAAUAUAUCCCAAAUUCAACAUCCUGGCUCGUCUGCAAAGAUUAAAUACAAUUAAUUUUUUUGUGAAAUCAUUCUCUUUGAUUUUUAUUGUGGCUCUCGUGACUCUAUAUACAUGUCGAGUAAUUAUGCAUGGAGAUUAAGAUUUAUACUUUAAUUAGUAGAUAGUGAGUUAGCAGGAAACUCGCUUGCGACGAAAAGAUGACAUCUGAGCUAAAAACAACUGAUGUUGUCCUUUCGAGGAUUGAAAUUUAUUUGAACGUUGCUGAGACUUGGAUGACCUCUU